CUCGAUUUGUAGAUUGUAAACAAAAAUAUAAAGAGUGUUGCACUACCAUUUUAAAUCAGGCGCAGAGGUAGUGCACAUUAUAAGAUCAGGCACUGCUUAGCUAAGCGACAGGUUGUAUUUUGUCUCAUCUGUCCACUUGUGACGUCAGAAACAGCGAUGUGAUGCGGGGAUGGAUUGUUGUGACGCUGCCGCUUGUGGUCAUCGCCUUACUCACGCGGAGGACAACAAGUGCUCAAUGUGAAUAUGGCUUCUUCGGCCCAAGGUGUCAGUUCAAGUGCCACUGUGACCAAAUGAGCUGUGACGACAACGGUUACUGUACGGGCGGUAUGGCAUGCGACCCUCCAUACUUUGGACCGGCUUGUCAGUAUGUGGACAGGUCCCCGCUAGCCGACACGGACAACAAAGAGCUGACCGACUUCAACGACGCCACCUGCGUGACGUCUGCCACCACACAUACCGUGACCUUCACCUUCAACUCCUCCGCUCCCGUGGUGAUACAGUUCGUCCGCUUGAGGGUGAGUAACCCAGAUUACAGAGACCUCAUCCAGGCAACCGUCGUGGGUUCUAUUUACGGCUGCACCGACCAAGUCCGCGUGGAGGUGGAUCACGUGACCUCUGACAUCUACUGCCGGAACUUUGUCCCUGUGGUCACCGUGAGGCUGACGGGUGAUGGCGUCAAGUACCUGUGUACGGUCCACCAAAGUGGGGGUCGAAAUAUGGCCUUGAGACAAAGAACAACCAGCUCUUUACCAGAACCGGGUUCCACAGCUGACAUAGGUGUCGAUGACGAGAACGAGGCUCUGGACUCUACCACCUGUUUCUGGGCAGAGACUCGCCAGCUGUACACCUGGUCGGUCAUCUUCAGCACACCUGUCAAGGUGUUUUCUGUCUUCAUCCAGAACAGGAAAGAUGGUAUUUUGGACAUGAUGGAAGAUGUUAGAGUGGAAUGGUUCCACAACACCACUCAGUUGUACCAAUUCGUCUGCACCACUCCGCAGGAAGAGUAUUACAUCCCUUACAUAGGACCGACCAACAUGUCCGUCACAUCGCUCUCUGCGUGGCCGGAAAGGAAGAACUCACGCUUGGGGAAAUUCGCGCUGUCGUUCUGUGAGCUCAACGCGCACGGGGACUGCCUUGAAGGCACCUCAGGUCUAGAUUGUUCUGGAACCUGCUCUCACUGUGCCAGCAAACUCUGCAGCAUCGAAGGAAUCUGUUACGAAUGUUCCAGAACAAACGGUCUGUUGACCUGUCAUAAAUUGUGUCUGAACUGCUAUAAGAACCGCUGUGAUUGGACAUCUCAUUUAUGUACUGAAGGAUGUGAGACCGGCUACUACGGCCGUUACUGUGAUAAGAAUUCCAAGCAGAUGGAAAGUUACGUCCACAGUUUGAACUAGGCAGAAGACAAGGCAGGAGGGACGGUCUAACCUGGUGCUACACGAUUCUUUACAAGAGUGAGGGGAUACAUAUAUACAUUGCUUUUAUUUGGACUUUGUGCUCGAAUAUAAUGCAUAAAUCUACGAGAUUUACAAGAAGUGCGUAACUGAAUUCUUCGCGGAAAAUGUACAUCCACAUUCGAAUAAACCAACUCUAAUUCCAGCCUCAUCGUACACGUACAUUAAAAUUUACUAUUGUAUUUGUCACUCACACAUACAUGUAUGUUCCUAGUUAUAACCAAAUAAAAGUAAAUUUUAUUUUAAUUGCCAGUAUUUACAAAAAAAAAGAGCAAUAAAUCUCAUAAAAUUUUGAAACAUAUAACGUUAACGAACAGUAUGUGUUAUUUCAACGAA